AUGGUUAAACAGGAACUGCAGUACAGAGGAGCCACGCCUCCCGUCUCAGCACCUGGUAUUAUACGGACAGUUGCCUCAGCAGUAAGGAUUUCGGUGGGGAUUGGAGGAAAAAUGACGGGGGAGAAGAAAAGAAUGUGACAACUGCCGAGUCUCUGGCUGCUGCCUUGGGGAGGCCUCGCGCACCUGUCCCUCUCCGUCUCGUGGCCAGCGCAGUUGAAUCAGACAAGCGUAGAGAAGCGCUCAUAUUUGCUAACGAGACCACAGAGGCGUGCACGGAAAAAAAGAACAUGACUUCCUCGUACAAUCUGGAUUUUCUCCCUGAUAUGAUGGUCGAGAGCCGUUUGCUGGUUUCCGGCGACAGAAUUAAUGGCACGGCCAGCAAGAUGAAUGGGGCCCUGGAGCAUUCGGACCAGCCGGACCCGGACGCCAUCAAGAUGUUCGUGGGCCAGAUCCCGCGGUCCUGGUCGGAGAAGGAGCUGAAGGAGCUGUUUGAGCCGUAUGGCGCCGUGUACCAGAUCAACAUCCUCCGCGACCGCAGCCAGAACCCACCGCAGAGCAAAGGGUGCUGUUUUGUAACAUUUUAUACAAGAAAAGCAGCUCUGGAGGCCCAGAAUGCACUGCACAACAUAAAGACCUUAUCUGGGAUGCAUCAUCCCAUUCAGAUGAAGCCUGCAGACAGUGAGAAAUCAAACGCGGUCGAAGACAGAAAAUUGUUCAUAGGAAUGGUCUCAAAGAAGUGUAACGAGAACGACAUCCGAGUGAUGUUCUCCGCGUUCGGGCAGAUCGAGGAGUGCCGGAUUCUCCGAGGACCAGACGGGCUGAGCAGAGGCUGUGCAUUUGUCACGUUUUCUACCAGGGCUAUGGCACAGAAUGCAAUCAAAGCCAUGCACCAGUCACAGACCAUGGAGGGCUGCUCGUCGCCCAUCGUGGUGAAGUUCGCCGACACGCAGAAGGACAAGGAGCAGCGGCGCCUGCAGCAGCAGCUGGCCCAGCAGAUGCAGCAGCUCAACAGCGCCACCACCUGGGGCAACCUGACGGGACUGGGCGGCCUGACCCCGCAGUAUCUGGCAGUAAGAAGCCCCGCCGCCGCCGCGUCGCCCGCUGCCAACCCAGCCGCCGCAGCAGCCGCAUUGCUCCAGCAGGCCACCUCCUCCAGUAACCUGGGCGCCUUCAGCGGUAUUCAACAGAUGGCAGGUGUGAGCGCUCUUCAGUUACAGAACCUGGCGGCCAUAGCAGCGGCGGCCGCGGCCGCGCAGAGCUCAGCCAGCCCCUCCAAUGCAAACCCCCUGUCGUCCAGCGGCGGCGCCCUGGGAGCGCUGGCCAGCCCAGCCGGUACGACGGCCAGCUCCAACGCCGGGGCGGCCAUGAACUCGCUGACCUCGCUGGGCACCCUGCAGGGCCUCGCCGGCGCCACCGUGGGGCUCAACAACAUUAAUGCACUAGCAGGUAGCGUCAACAUUGCUCAAAUGCUCUCAGGUAUGGCGGCCCUGAACGGGGGACUCGGCGCGGCAGGGCUGACCAACGGCACGGCGGGCACCAUGGACGCCCUGACCCAGGCUUACUCAGGGAUCCAGCAGUACGCCGCCGCCGCCCUACCCACCCUCUACAGCCAAUCACUGCUGCAGCAGCAGAGUGCCGCCGGCAGCCAGAAGGAAGGCCCAGAGGGCGCCAACCUCUUCAUCUACCACCUGCCGCAAGAGUUCGGUGACCAGGACAUCCUGCAGAUGUUCAUGCCUUUCGGAAACGUGGUCUCCGCCAAAGUCUUCAUCGACAAACAGACCAAUCUGAGCAAGUGCUUCGGUUUCGUCAGCUAUGACAAUCCGGUUUCAGCGCAGGCCGCCAUCCAGGCGAUGAACGGAUUCCAGAUCGGCAUGAAGAGACUGAAGGUGCAGCUUAAGCGCUCCAAGAACGACAGCAAACCGUACUGAUCUUAGCACUAGGGCAUUACUGCUCUCACGUUAGCACUGCGAGGAACAUCUCCAUGCCUGUUAGCCCAUCGUUUGCCUAGCAUGUCUCCGUGGCGUCCAAAAAAAAAAAAAAAAAAAAAAACACAAAACGUCUCAUCGUCCCGUCAUUGUUUCUGAUGUCUUUCUGAGCUCACCUGAUCAUAACCUGGUCUCCUCCUACUGACCUUUGAACCUAGCUUGAACCUUUUUGGAAUUUUUUGCAUGUGACCUCAUUUUGAGCUUUUGAUUGGGAGGAAGGUGGGGAGGGAAAGGGGAAAAAAGCGAGUCAAAUGUGAAAGCUUAGCUGCAAUUCAUAACAAGAGACUGAAAACCUUUAGAAACAAAAAAAAGCAGAAAACUAGUUUUAAAAA